AUGGGAACUAAAUUGAGUAUUGACAAACAUGUUUCAAAUUUAGAAGACAUUUUAGAAUUAAAUAUUAAAUUAAUAGAGAAGGUUAAAUUCGAUAACAACAUUUCGAACUCUAUAACCUAGCACUUGAAAGUAUAAUUAUUUCAAAAAUGACAGAUUUGGAAAUUUUAUGAAGACAAACUCUAUAUUAAGAAGGUAAAGUCUGAACCAAUAAAUCUAAACUAAAUAUAGACAAAUGGAUUUAAUUUUCUAUCAAAUGAAUGUUAUUUAGUAAUGUUAGUUUACAAAAAAGCUCAUGAAGGUAAAGUGUUAUAAUUAAGACAUAGAGUUUAAUCAAUUUACGAACUUUCCUCAUUAAAUGUGGGGACUAGUAGAAUCUUAUUCAAAUUUAACUCCAAGAGGAUUAGAAAGUCCAGUAGUAGCAUCUGAAAGCUACCUUGAAUCUUUUUUAUUACCCUAAAGACAACUGAACCCAUCAACUUCUAACAUUUUUGAGUAUAUGAUAUUUGUUUGGAAUGGAAAAACAGCAAAUCCUUUAAUAAAAGCAUAGGCAUUGUCUAAUGCAUUUGAAUUAGAAAAUUUAUUAAACAAAGGAAGAGAUCCUUUAUUAGAGAUCCUUUUUAAUGGAUGUGCAAUUAAAAAUAAGAAUUUAUCAAAGGGUUCAAUUUUAACAUUUUAAAGCACAUCUUAAACAUAAACCCCAAAUAUAAUAAGUUAAAAUUAAAUACGAUAAACAAUAUACUUAUUCAAUUUUUUGUUUCCAAUUCCUGAAAAAAAGUAAGAUUUCUCAAAAUUAGCUAAUUUUAUAGCAAAAAAGUAAGAGAUACCUUAAAAUUAUGCCUAAUAAUUUAUUUAAAUGGAUUUGCCUCAAUAAAUCUCAACAAAUUUAUAAGACUCAUCAUAGAAAUUAUUACUUAUUAAUGAAGCAUAACCUAGGGAUUAUAAUUAAAUAAAACCUAGAUUUAAUUCAAAUGAGAUUCAAGAAUCCAUUUCUCCUUCUAUAUAAAAUUCUAAUACACAUUAAAAUAUAUAUAAUAAAGGAGAUGAGAAUAAUAGUAAUUCUUAAUUAAUUAACAAUUAAAUCAAUUUACCUAGUUAAUUAAGAAAUAAAGUUCCUACUUUAAAUAUACCAAAAUUAGAUUUAAAUUGCAAGACAAACUCUUAAGAAAUAAGUGUAGGAGUACCUUUGAUUGAAGUAAUAGAGAAUUCAGAAAAUGAAAAAGCUAUACCCAUGAAAUUGCAUCUAGAUAAUUUAAAAUUUCAAAGAGAUAACACAACAUAUAAGGAUAUUGAAUAAGAAGAGUCAAAUGGAUUUAACUUUGAUAUAAGAGAUACAGAUAGGAAGAAAUUAAAAAUAUAAUACUUUUCUGAAUAAUGUUCUUCAGUUAUUCCAGAGUUUUUGUAUGUAGGAGGAGAGCAAAUUGCUUAUAAUAAAGAAAUAUUGAAAUAGAUAGGAGUCACACAUGUAAUUAAUUGUGCAGGUGAUGUUUGUAAGAAUAAAUUUCCUAAUGAUUUUUCAUAUUAAACAUACUAUCUAAAAGAUUCUAAAACUGAGAAUAUAGAAUGUAUAUUCUAUGAAGCAAUAUCUAUAAUUGAAGACGCAAAGAAAAAUAAUGGAAAGGUGUUAAUUCAUUGUGUUUAAGGAGUUUCGAGAUCUGUAUCCUUAUGUAUAGCUUAUCUAAUAAUAUCAUAAUAAAUUACAUAUUCCUAAGCAUUUGAUAUAAUAAAAAAAAAUAGAGGAGUGGCAUCACCAAAUAUGGGAUUUACAGUCUAAUUAUUAUUAUUUUAAAAAAGAUUAUUAGCUUAGUAUGAUAGCAUACCAAUAUCUCCAAGGGUUUUUGCAGUUGGAAGAGGUGUAUGUGGACAUGAAAGUAUUGUUUGUAGAAUGGUGAUGGAAUAACUAUUUUCAGGAAAGAUGUUAAAGACAUUCGAUAGUAGAGGAGUAUUUUUGAUAUAAUCAGAACAUGAGAUAUUUGUAUGGGUAGGUCCUGAAUGUAAGGAAUAAGAAAAGUAAGAUAUUCAUUAUAUCUAGAUUUAUUUAAUUUGCUUUAGAUUAUUCAAAUUACUUAAAAUAAUAUGAAAAAGCACCUUAAGUUCAACCUAUAUUGAUCAAGGCUAAUGAUGAAGCAUAAGUAUUUUGGAAUUUAUGGGGGAUUAUUGGAAAGCCAGAGUCUGUUUGUAAAUAAAUUAGAGAAUGGGAUGAAUGGUAUAAUGAAGUAUAAGAAGAUGAAUUUAAAAGAGAAAAAGAAGAAAAUUAAUUAUUAUAUAGUUCUGAUAGAAAUGAUAGAACUGAAGAAGUUUAAAUUGAAAAGAAAGUAUUUUAUCUAUAUCCUAAUUCUAAUGAAUACUUAUAAAUUUUUGAUUUAGAAGACUUGGAUUAAUCUUAAUUAAUUAUUCUAAUAAAGGAAAUUAAUAAUUAAACUUUAUAAAUAUUUGUAUGGAGAGGAUAAGAAUGGAUUGGAAAUGAUAAUGUAUAAAUUUGUUGUUAUUUUAGGAAGAACAAAUCUUUGUGCAUGAAAUUAUAAACAAAAACUAUUCAUUUAUUAGUGAGACUAAUAUAUAUGUCUUCUAAGAAGUAAAUUACUUUUAUUAAUAUUAAAGGAGCCAAAUGAAGAAAGUGAUGUAUUUCUUGAUUGUUUUUCAUGA